UCUUUCUUUCUUUUUUUACUUUACUUUCUCUCUCUAGAAAAUAUUUUCAAUUCACUUUCUCUCUCUAAAAAGACUCUGAAAAAUCAAAUCUUCAAAUGUCAGUCCAAACAGUGAUGAUCGGCUUCGGAGGUCGGAGGAGAACUCCCACUGUUACUUUCCUCAAGCUUUGACGGAACGUGGUCCACACGCGCCGCCUUUACUGGAGAAACAACAAUGGUCUUCAAAGGAAGAUUCUUCUCAUCGAAGAAAUCUUCCGAUACUUCUUCCAACACUCAAGAUGCUUCUUCAAACAGUCCUCGAUCCAUCGGUUCAAGUUCUCCUCUCAGAUCCGAUAAGAAGAAAUCGUCUAAAUCUUCAUCAUCGGCUUCGCCCAAACUAGUCAAAGAUGGCGGCGGUGGUGGUGGAGCAAAGAAGAAGGGGAAAGAGACUCUUUCUCAACCUUCUACGCCGAAUUCUAAAUCGAGCUUCGGUGGCGGUGGUACUUCAACUUCUUUACUCAGUAAGAUUAAACCGGCGGCGGAUGUGAAAAACGUGCCGGCUCCGGCUUCGGCUCCGGCUCCGGCUCCGGCUUCUGUUUCGCCGAUUCUUGCUUCUUCGCUUGGUUUGAAUAGGAUAAAGACGCGAUCGGGACCGUUGCCGCAGGAGAGUUUUUUUGGGUUUAGAGGUGAUAAGGUUUCGUCGUUGGGAGCGAGUAAUUUGUCUAAACCAAUUAGUGGUGGUGAGGAUGGGAGUUCGGGGAAGAAGAAGGGUUUGUUGGAUAUUGCUUCGAAGAGUUGGGCUGAUAAUGUGAGUAAUAACUCUGAUAGUAUGUCUACUGAGAGUAGAGACCAGAGUCCCAAUGUGCUACCUCAAUCUCGGUUACAGAACGGUGAAUCUUCUUCUGAAGCAGGGAAAUUUGACUCAUCAUCGGGCCCUUCUGGAGGAUUGAGGAGUUCAGAUGUUUGUACACCUGAGAUGACUACAUUUGAUUGUGAUAACCCAAAGGAGUCCGAGUCUCCCCGUUUUCAAGCCAUACUUCGUGUAACAAGUGCACCAAGGAAGAGAUUUCCUGCAGACAUCAAGAGUUUCUCCCAUGAAUUAAAUUCUAAAGGUGUACGACCUUAUCCAUUCUAUAAGCCUCGAGGCUUAAACAACCUGGAGGAAAUCUUGGUUGUCAUUCGUGGAAAAUUUGACAAAGCCAAGGAAGAAGUAAACUCCGAUCUGGCUAUUUUUGCAGCAGAUUUGGUUGGUAUUCUUGAAAAAAAUGCAGAUACUCAUCCAGAAUGGCAAGAAACUAUUGAGGACUUGCUAAUUUUGGCUCGUAGGUGUGCAAUGACAACACCUGGGGAGUUUUGGCUUCAGUGCGAAAGUAUAGUUCAAGACUUAGAUGAUAGGCGACAAGAGCUUUCUCCUGGUAUGCUGAAGCAGCUGCACACUCGUAUGCUUUUCAUUCUUACAAGGUGUACCAGGCUGUUGCAGUUCCACAAGGAAAGUAGAUUGGCUGAGGAUGCUCAUGUUCUUCAACUACGUCAAUCUAGAGUUCUUCAUUCUGUAGAGCGAGUUCCUCCAGCAUUGCCUAGGGAUGCAAAAAGUUCUACUGUUGCAAGUGCAUCAAAAGCAGCUUCAACUAGAAAAUCAUACAGCCAAGAGCAGCAUGGGUUGGAGUGGAAGAGAGAUAGCACUGUUAAGCCUGGAAAUCUUCUUUUGCCUUCUGCUGACGAGACUUCAAAAAAUUUGGAGUCUUCUGCUGCUAGGGAUAGGAUGACAUCUUGGAAGAAAUUUCCAUCACCAAGUGCAAAAACUGUGAAAGAAGCUGCUGCUGUCUUGAAAGAGCCGAUCGAUGUUAAGGUUGAACAACCUAAGCUUUUAAACAGGAAGGCAGCUUCUGAAGUGGAUCUGACUGCAGCUAAGCCCCUGGACUCCCUUGCUAAAGAUUCUCAUGAUCAUUCUUCCAAGCAUCGACACAAAGCGUCUUGGGGGUACUGGGGAGAUCAACAGCCUGUAUCUGAUGAUAAUUCUAUCAUUUGUCGUAUUUGUGAGGAAGAGGUUCCAACUUCAAAUGUGGAAGAUCAUUCUAGAAUAUGUGCAGUUGCUGACCGAUGUGAUCAGAAGGGUCUAAGUGUUGAUGAGCGUCUUCUUAGACUUUCUGAUACCCUUGAAAAGUUGAUGGAGUCAUUUGCCCAAAAGGAUAAUCAACUUGCAGUAGGAAGUCCAGAUGUUGCGAAAGUAUCAAAUUCAAGUGUAACUGAAGAGUCUGACAUUUUCUCACCAAAACUGAGUGACUGGUCCCGAAGAGGCUCUGAGGACAUGCUUGACUGUUUCCCUGAAGCUGAUAAUUCAGUAUUCAUGGACGACCUGAAAGGUUUACCUUCCAUGUCAUGUAAAACUCGUUUCGGUCCUAAGUCUGAUCAGGGAAUGACAACAUCAUCUGCAGGUAGCUUGACACCUAGGUCUCCUCUAUUGACACCAAGGACCAGCCAGAUUGACUUGCUUUUAGCAGGCAAGGGUGCUUACUCUGAGCAAGAAGAUCUUCCCCAGAUGAACGAACUGGCUGAUAUUGCAAGAUGUGUAGCAAAUACACCUUUGGAUGAUGAUCGCUCCAAUCCAUAUCUAUUAACUUGCCUUGAAGAUUUGAGAGUUGUGAUUGAUCGAAGGAAGUUUGAUGCACUGACAGUUGAGACUUUUGGGACACGCAUUGAGAAGCUGAUUAGGGAGAAGUAUUUGCAGCUUUGUGAGCUAGUAGAAGAUGAAAAGGUUGAUUUAACAAGUUCUGUGAUUGAUGAAGACGCUCCUCUGGACGAUGAUGUGGUUCGCAGCUUGAGAACAAGUCCUGUACAUUCUUCAAGAGAUCGUACCUCAAUUGAUGAUUUUGAGAUUAUCAAACCAAUCAGUCGCGGGGCUUUUGGACGGGUUUUCCUGGCUAAAAAGAGAACAACUGGGGACCUUUUUGCAAUAAAGGUUCUUAAAAAGGCUGAUAUGAUCCGGAAAAAUGCAGUUGAAAGUAUCUUGGCGGAACGUGAUAUUUUGAUUUCAGUCCGCAAUCCCUUUGUGGUUCGCUUCUUUUAUUCAUUCACUUGCCGAGAGAAUUUGUACCUUGUGAUGGAGUAUUUGAAUGGAGGGGAUUUAUAUUCGUUGUUGAGAAAUUUAGGGUGCUUAGAAGAAGAUGUUGCACGUGUUUAUAUAGCCGAAGUGGUGCUUGCGCUAGAAUAUUUACAUUCACUUCGUGUGGUUCAUCGUGAUUUGAAGCCAGAUAAUUUAUUAAUUGCUCAUGAUGGUCAUAUUAAGUUGACGGAUUUUGGGCUCUCAAAGGUUGGUCUUAUCAACAGUACUGAUGAUUUAUCCGGCCCAGCAGUAAGUACGACAUCACUAAUGGCGGAAGAUGAGCCUGAGUUAUCUUUGUCUGAGCAUCAGCAAGAAAGACGAAAGAAACGUUCUGCUGUUGGCACACCUGACUAUUUGGCACCAGAGAUACUGUUGGGAACAGGACAUGGUACAACUGCCGAUUGGUGGUCAGUUGGUGUGAUUUUGUUUGAACUGAUUGUUGGAAUUCCACCCUUCAAUGCAGAGCAUCCUCAGACAAUAUUCGAUAAUAUUCUUAAUCGUAAAAUACCUUGGCCUCGAGUGCCUGAUGAAAUGAGUCCAGAAGCAGCGGAUUUAAUUGAUCGUUUAUUGACUGAAGAUCCUAACCAGAGGCUUGGAGCAGCAGGAGCAUCGGAGGUGAAGCAACAUGUAUUUUUCAAGGAUAUCAACUGGGAUACACUUGCUAGGCAGAAGGCUGCAUUUGUUCCCUCGUCGGAGAGUGCACUAGAUACCAGUUAUUUCACUAGUCGAUAUUCAUGGAAUACUUCAGAUGACCAUGGUUAUCCACCAAGCGAACUUGAAGAUUCUAGCGAUGAUGAUAGUUUAAGUGGCAGCAACAGUGGCAUGAGCCUCGGCAAUGAUGAAGUGCAGGAGGAUGAAUGUGCAACUCUUGCUGAAUUCGAUUUAGGCUCGAAUAUCAAUUAUUCCUUCAGUAACUUCUCAUUUAAGAAUCUCUCCCAGCUUGCAUCGAUCAACUAUGACCUGCUUUCAAAGGGUUAUAAGGAUGAUCCUCCCAACAAUUCUAAUGCCUAAAAAAGCUUCACUCCCUAUCAAAACAUGGGGAAUUGAAUUUUUGGACAUUAGAUAUCACCUUUGUUGUUUGUAUACACCCCUGUACAUAGAUAAAGAAAACUCAAAGAUUCUGAAAACUGGUUUGGGGAUGUGCUCUUUUCACAUUUUACAUAUAUUUAAAGAAGAAAAAAAAUGGAGAAAGGUAAGUUGUAUGUACACAGUUUGGGGGUUUCAAUUUUUAUGCUGUGUUGUAAUUUAAGGAUAUGUUAAUGUUAAUGUUCCCCUAGGCUAGGCUGUGUGUGCCUUUGUGUUGGUUAACAAUCUUUUAUAAAAUCCCCAAUUUGAACUAUUUUUUGUAGUUUUCCUACACACAUGGUAAAGAGAAGAAAGAAGAAGAAACAUCCCUUUUUUUUUGUUUU